GCGUCGGGGAGCGGGGCCGGGCCCGCGGGCGGCAGCGGUGGGUGACAGCUCCCUGAAGCGGCUGUGGCGGCCCCGCGGGGCAGAGGAGUGUGCGCGGGGCUGCUCUCUCCGCUCAGAGAGCAGGCCCGGGUCGCAAAGGCGAAGUUGGCGCCCCGGGAGUUGCGCGAGGUGCGGCGGAGCCCUCGGCCCUGCUGGGGCUUCCCCCGCGGAGCCGGGCUCAGCCCGGCCCGGCCCGGGAGGCGCCACGGCCGCCGCCCCCAGGGAUGCCGGGGGAAAGCAGGCCCGGUGCCCGCCCCAGAGGCUGACGCAGGGCCGAAAUUUUGGGGGCUGGGAGGGAGACAAAGCCGGGACUGCUCGGAUGAAUGAAGAAUGUCUUUGCAGUCUGAUCUUCUCAGACUGCAGGGACCUGUUACAAGCAUCCCCGCUGGUGUCAGCUGAAUGCUGCUGGAGGGAGGGAAUCUCCCCUCUGUGCUUGUGCAGGGGGUCUUCUGAUUUUCCUUGAUUAACAGCGCUCUGGGAGCAUCUUGAGGCAGCAGGCUUUAACCAAACAUUUUCAACACUCUUCAUAUUUAGAAGAAAAAGUGAAGAGCUCCUAUUGUUGGCACUUCUUGAAUUGCUUUGCCUAUUGUUAGCUUGGCUGUGCCUUCCCGGUGCCAGCCAAGAACAACUUUCCUCAUAACUUCCGUUUUAUAAAUACGGGAUGGCUGAAGGGAGUGCAGUGAUGCGCUAAAAAUAGCUGGGUGUAUUCAGGUCAGGCACAUCUCCAGGCUGGCAGCAGAAGCAGUUGUAUUUUUAAACUCCCCUGCUGAUUGCACGCAGAGCAUGCAGCUUUAGUGAUGAAGGUAAAAUUGGGGUGGUCUGGAAUGCCGUUGUGCAUGAGCUUGGGCCUGGCUGGUUUUUCACAUCAUCUUCUUUUUUUCUGAGGACUGUGUUGUAUUAUUGCUUUUGAGCUAAGCGUGAGGUUUGGUGGUGAUGUGUUGCACUCAGCCUAAAACCACCCAGGACAACUUCCUUUGCUGUUAGCUUUGAUUAUCUUAUUUCUGUUGUGCACAGAAGUGUUUGCUGUGGUUGAGGACCCCUCUGUGUGAGCAGAAGGCAGAACUGCAGCCCUUGGCUGAAGGGAAUUCAUAGUUUCAAGUCAGGAGGGAGGGACCUGCCUGUAUGCAGGAGCAAUAGGAGACAGUGAGACCCUCUGGAUCACCUUGAUAGUCAGAAGCCAGUUGUUCCCAGCUGUUUGGCAAAGGAGAUCUUGGAGAAGAGAUUUGAAGUAGAACAGCCUGCUGAUAUCUCAAAAAAAAAAAAAAAUCUGCUCUCCCAGCACACACUUGCUCAAAUAUUGCUCAGAUACAUGACAAGCAGGCAGUGGACCCUGUUAUCUUUGCUUGAACAGAGAAGAAACCUUUACAUCAUUGGAGGCAAUGCAGAGGCAAGUGGAGGGAGACCAGAACAGGCUUUGAAAGUGAAGAGGUUUUGGUGCAGUGGGAAAGUGGAGGGAUGGUGAGAAGUGAUGUAGUUGUAGCUAUGGCUUAGAAAAAUUAUCCCUGUGGCAGCACACAGGGUGGAUAAAUGAGUAAAAUAUUACAUUUCAAGAGAAAUAAGUGUUUGGAAAUGAGUGUUUUCCUUAUUCCUGGAAGUGUUUUCCCCAUUCCUGGAAGUGUUCAGCGCCAGGCUGGAUAGGGCUUUGAACAACCUGGUUUAGUGGAAGGUGUCCCUGCCCAUGGCCACAUGGUUGGAAAGAGAUAAUCUUUAAAGUCCCUUCCAACCCAAACCCAUUAUUCUAUGAAAACCAGAGGAUGAUGGUGAUGGAUGACAGUUUUAUUUAUGUUAGCAGACAAGAAAUACUGUGUCACGCAGAGACAUGGAGCAAGAGAAGUUGGUGAGGUAUUGUGAAGAUCUAACACUUAAAGCCUGAGAGGGAGAUGAAGCUGAGUGGAGCAGGGUGUGGUUGUGCCAGGUUGGAACAUGGGCUGUGCAGAAGAAGGGCUGCAGGGGAAGCUUGGGGUCAUUGUGCUGCCUCUGGGCUGGUCAUCAUCCACAGGCCAGGUGUCAGAGGAGAGGCUGAGAGUUCAGCCUGUGCAGGAAGACGGUCUGCAGCGAUAGGGCACAUCUGUGAGUACCUCCCAGGAAACUUUAGGGUUAGAAACUGAAGAGCUGUAAGCUGCUGAAAGAUAAGAUUCAGAAUAACACCAUGAGGGAAGAAAGAAAAGCUUGUGGUGCUCACAGGGUAUUUAUGGAGUUUUGAGAGGGUAAGGAAUCACAGCCAGGAGGGGACAAGAUUUUAAAGCUAGAAAGCUUUUGUAGACUUGGAAAAAAGGAAUUCAGGUAAGUGCAGAGGGCAGAAACUAGACAGUUCUUUAUUUCACCACACAGGCUCUUUAAGUCAGGAGCACUUCUUACACAGCUGUCAAAGCUGUGGGACAGGUCAGGAGCUCUUCAUUCUGUGCCUCAUACUGCUUGGGUCACUUUGCAAAAUCCCUUCAGUGGGCAGGUGCAGAUUGUACGGUGCUUCAUGUCCUGGACUUUAUUUGUGCCCAUCUUUAAGUUACCCUGUAGCCCUCUGUCUUCUUCAUCUCUUUGUCUGACCCUUUGAUUUUGCAUUGAUAGACAUAAUUCAUUGUCAGGAAUCAUCUGGCUAGGGAGAGGUAUUCCUUUCUCUGGUUUUUCAGGGAGUCUGUGUGAGUUGUGUUUUCUUGGUCUCCUGGUCCUCUGGAGGCAGUUGCUGGUGGCUGCAGGGAUGCAGGUAGUGUCUGUUGUCUCAAAGACAUUCCAUUCUUGGGAGCAUUCCCUGCCCAGGGUGCUGUGCAGGACCCAGCCAGCUGGCUGGGACACCUUACAGCCAGUGUGCCUUUGGGUCUGUGGCCCGAGGUGAGGAUUUCAGAACCUCUUUUUUUGCUUUCUGGGGCUUUUCUGUCCAAGUUUCUUGGCAAUAACUGUGAAGGGUUAAUGAUCACACUGUUAGUCAUCAGUCCCUUAUCAGUAGCAGUUUGGGCUGCAAGUGUGUAGUUCUUCCACUGUCUUCCCUUAGCCCAGGAAAGAAGCUAACCUCUUUACCCUGGUGUGUGGCUGGGCUCGGGAAAGUGAGGAAACUUGAGUCAUGCUGUAUUGUUAAUAAAAAUGUUGCAAAAAUUUCCAGUUUCCCCUGCUCGAUAUUGCCACAAGUACACAAGUGUGUGAGAAACUGUUUGCACCUAAACCACAGUGAUUUUGAGAUGGGAUUGGCCAGAGUGCUCUGUAGUUAAGCAUGUUUGUCUCUGGGAGUGGGACUGAUAAAGCAAGUUUUUGUGUGUAAUAUACUGACGUUUGCAUACCCAUACAGGGAUUCUGUAUGGGUAAGUAUGUUGCUGUGAACUUGCUUUGCAGAAGGUUAUAUCAAAAUAUAAAAGUUACUUACUAUUAUUUGUGCAAAGCCACCUAGUGACUAACUAAACCUCAAGGUUAGGAACCAUCUGCAAAGCAUUUUUCCCAAAGUAGAUGCUGUGAGACAUGAAAUGGUCUCACCUGUGCUAAGAUCAUAUGGGUUCACAGUCUUGUCUGCUAUAUCCAGGUGCUUCAAACUGGAAUGUGGCCCUAUGAAAGAAACAAAAAAAUGCUGUGGCUGCCUAGCUGUGGCAGCAUGCUCAGGCAGAGGAGCACAGCUCUCCACUGCCCACUGCAUUUGGAGAAGGGGCCAUGGCAGAGCACUGCUCCUGGUUCUUACCUCUGUACAACUCCAGCCUGUCCUCCAGCCUGUCCUCAUCCUUUUUCCUGUUGAUUUUUUUUUUAAGAAAAGAAAAUGGUGACAAUCUUUACUGUCACCACUUUCCCAACAGCAAGUUCAUGGGGUCCCUGAGAGCUCUGGGUUGCUAAUGCAACAUUAGCAGUUGCAUUUUCAGUGACAGCUGUGGCUAGAAAAAUGUGUGUCUACAUGUCAUCAGACACAUGUAUGUGUAAAAUAAAAAUUAGCUCAUCCUAGUAAUUCAGAUGAAUAACCAUUGAGUUGAUUCAUAGAUUUCUGUAUAGAUGCUGGUAAAGUUCUUUAUUAAGACUGAGUCUUAUUAAGACUGAGUCAAAAGGUCUGGGCGUGGAAAAUUAAACCAAGGAUCUCUUGUGCCUUAAACAGAUAUUCAUGGCCAAACCAUGACCAUACUGGUCAAAUCAGCUGAAGUCCUGAAUUGUGUGUCCCUAUAGGGCAGAGAAAGAAAUGUGAAUUUGGAAGCCCCAAAGACCUAGUUCUGCAAAAUUUGUAAUUUGUUAGGAAAAGUGAUGACUCACUUUGGCUUCAGUACACUAAAAGAUAAAAAAAAUAAAGCCUGUUAGUUGUUUUCAGUAACUUUUGUCUCUUUAUUUUGCUUUUCUGUGUCUUCCUUCACUCUGUUUCCUAAAUGCUGUUGCUGUCUGCCUUUUCUCUCGAGUUCGUCCCCUUGAAUUUGCUUGAAACUUGGUCCGGGUUUCAGCAUUGUGCUUGGCGCUGGAGGAGGUCGGGGCUGCUCACAAGCAAUAACACUGGCCUGCUGCUCUCUACUCAUCUGCAGAGUCAAACUGUUUAAAAUUAAGAUCCUGCUCCCACUCAACUUCUCCAUUUGGGGUUUUCCCCAAAGCUUCCCAGAAGCAGAUGGUGCUUCCUGGAGCUGUGCUUGCAGAGCACUACAACUUCUGCAGCGCUGCCUCCUCCCGAGGAACCCAGCUGGAUGUGCCCUUCCCUGAGAGCUGGCAGGCUCAAGGGAAGUCUGUGCACAAGCUGUUGUGCUGUUCUGGUGUCAGCCUGGUAUUGCCUGUGUAGCAACCUGAGGACAGGUGCUGGUGGCAGGGAUGAAAAGGACACCUUCUGGGUUAAAAAGCUUGACUGUAGAAGGGAACUUAGGCUGUGCUGAGAAAUGCAACUCAAAUCAAUUUAAUUGAUCCCAUAAAGAAGCAGCAUGCCUGCAAAUUGGUGCCUUUCUCUUGGCCACUGACUUCAUGAUGCAAUGAUUUGUCUGUUGCAGAGUUUCAUGGAAGGUUCAGGAAAACAUGCUGUAGGUUGAGACACCUCCUGGGAGGGGAAAUGGAAAUUGAAAUAGAUUAGAAAUGCUUUGGGAGAAAGCUCAGUUAAAGGGAAAAGGCAAAAGAGGCUAUAUGUUGCAUUAAGUACAAAAGAGAAUAGACACUUUAUUUGGAAAAUUAUUAUUUUAAAUAACAGGAGACUUAAAAAUUACUGCUUUCAGAGAAAAUAUAAUAGGUUACUUUAGGAAAGGAAGAAAAAAAAUUAAAACAAGUGACCAGAAACCAAAGGAAGAGGGCAGAGGAGGAUAAAGAAAGAGUAGGGGUGGAGAUGGAGCCUAAGGCACUGCCUUGAGGACAGCACAAUUUGGAGAGGGAGGCUGAUGCAGAAAGAGGGAGAUGGAGGCUGCCAAGAAUCCUGCGUGCACAAUUAAGUUGAGACUACAAAACCAUUUGGGUAUUAUGGCCACUUAAGUUAUUACAAAACCAAAUACAAUGUUUAUUUUCCUAAAAUGGAUUUUAUUUCCAUUUGAGAGUUCUGUUUGAAUGCCUCAUGCCUGUGCAGCCUGUGGCAUGAGCUGAUGUGACCGAGCUGCUUCCUCUGUGAGCUGCCACUUCACUUCCUGCAAUGGGUGGGUUCACCUGGCUUUGCCGAGGCUGCUGUGGAGGGCUUCACAGGAUUGGACCUGGGUGUUUCUUAUGUCCUUGUGUGUUUCCUGCUACCCUUGUACUUUUUCUUUGAUGACAUCACUCACCAGUUUUGUGGAAGGUGAAAUCUACUCUGUAUCUUGGAUUCCAACUGUGAGAAACGUCCUUGGUAACCUUGUGUCGCUCCAGAUGGUAAAUUUGCAGUCCCUACAUCACUGCAGUAAGGCAAAAUACUUUUCAGUGGCUUGCCUUGUAUCCUAACACUUCUAAAACAUUUUUAUGCAUGAUCUUUUCAAAGCUACUCUGGGGGAUUUCCACUCCCUUGCUGUUUUAAAGUGCUUGUACUGCUGAGCUAACCACAAAGCUCACUCUGUGUCUCUGUUUCUGUCUCUCUCUCAUUUUCUCCCCAUUGAGGACCAGCUACAGCUUCCAGUUCAGAGAGCCCGUGUGCUGGAGGGCAGGAGUGGGAGCAGAGCUGCUGCAAGCCGCCCUGAGUCACUGCCUAAAACAUGUCACUCCAGCUGGAGUUUCUGGAGUUAAGGAAGAUCCCUAAAGGCAAAAUGGGUAAAACAUAUAAUUUUUGUUUUUGUUGUUGUUGUUGUUGGGGUUUUAUUAGUAUGUUUUUACACAGUGUGGCAUUAGCUUGCUAAACCAUACCAUCAGAUGAGGUAAGUGCUGGAGCAUAAUAGGACUGGGGAAAUUGUGUGCCAAGUAAACGGGAGAGAGAGCAGCAAUAAGAGAGAGGAAGGAAACUUGUUUCAGGGUUCUCACUGACCCACAGCAGAGUGAGUUCUUAGGCAGCUUAUCCUGUGGGUGGUCCAUGCUCUGGAAGUUAAUGGUGACAGCUCUCCAUCUGCCUUAGAAGCAGCAGGAACACUUUGCUGCUGGCAUCGGCUACUGAGGCAGCCCAGACAGCAGACUGGUGAUCCCUCAGGCUGCAUUUUGUCAUCUCUGGUUGACAUGAGGAAAAGAGAAUUGCUCCUUAUUAGGUGUCAGGGAACCAGGAGAUGCAUUUUCAGAGGAGGAACGAUCAACUAUUUAAAAAUGAAAGAAGCAAAUGGACAACCCUGUCUGGUUUGAAGCAGGAGGCUGUUCAUUUGGAGGGACCAAAUAGGGUAAUUUGCAAACUUCUGUUGGAAUAAUAAGUCUUUAAUGGCUGGAAUAUGAUUACAGUUCAUAUUCCUGAGGGCUACCCACGUUAGAUGAUCAGUUGUGCUGGAGGAUGUCAGACAUUCAGCCUGGUGAAAGGCAGGAAGGGUGUCACAAGCUGGGGAGGUGAAUACUGUGUACAGCCACUAACAAGGGUGCUGAGUUACAGGAGCACUUAAAUGUUGGCUGUGGAAUACAUUUUAAUUGGUUAAGUGCUUUGGUGUGUUUUUGAAUCAGGCAUAUUAUCUGUCUGCAGGAUUUCCUCGCCCAGUAUGGAUUGUUAAAGUAGAAAGGAAAAUGGAUGUUGCUUUCUGAAGCCCAAGGUGCUCUGUGGCAGCUCACUAAUUGCUGCUUUUUGGGCCAGGAGGCCACUGCAGCAGGGAGGAAGGGCAGAGUGUCAGCACUGGGCACACUGUUUCAUGCCAGACACAAGGUUGUUAAUAUUGAUGUGCUGACCCUGCUUCCUUCCAAAAGCAGCAAAUGCCCUCAGUGAUCUUACAGGAGAUGAGUGAGAGCUCUCAGACAGGUGCUGAUGCCAGUAAGAGUGACUCCAGUGACUGACAGGGCGGGUGGUGCACACAGAGAAGAAAUAGCAUCCCACAGCACAGCUGUAAAACUGAGCACUUCCCUCAUGAAAUCAGGAUCUGGCAGCUCAGGUGUGUUGUGCUUUUGUACAGUUCUGUAAGGAAAACGUCUUGAGUGCAAAGCUGCUAGAAAUGCCAACCAGAAUGGCUCUAGGGCUUGAGCUACUUGCAAAAAAAUAAAAGCUGCAAGGUUGAGGGACUGGUGGCAAAUCUUGAGGUUUGUGACUUAAGACUUGGAACAAAUGUUGAUGGUUUUUCCUAUUGGAAGAUUAGUGUUGUAUUCCUGUGCUGUGCAUGAGUUAUGGUAGGUUGAAAGAAAAACUUAUGUCACACUUCUGAUUGCAACCCUGCUUUCCUAUCUUUUCUUCUCACCACUUCUUUCAGACAGAAUUAAUAUAGCCAAAAACUUGUACAUAAUUCAGUAAAAUAAGAGUUUACUGCUAGAAAUGAAUGAUCAAUGGGAAAAAGAAAGAUGUCAAGUUAAGAGGCUUCAACUCCUGUAACACCUAAACUGAAGCUGGCACCACGUUUCCCUCUGAAACCUGUCUCCCCCAUGCAGAUGAGAGCCCUCCUGCCAGCAGCAGCCUGCUGCAAGCGGUAGCCCAGGCAGAGUGGCUGCCAGGGAGUGUUUGAAGAGCUUUUCCCUGCGUCUGCUUCGCUUCCCAGUGCAGCUCCCAUGGCCUGUGACGAACCCACUGCUCUCUCGGGCAUCUUCACGCGCCAGAACUCCUCCAACACCAGCUCCCUGGACUUCGAGCCUGACACCAACUACAAGUUUGUGGAAAGCCUGGAGGAGAGGUACAAGUGUGCCUACUGCCACCUGGUCCUGCGCAACCCCCACCAGACGGGAUGCGGGCACCGCUUCUGCCAGCAGUGCAUCCUCGCUCUGAGAGAGUUAAAUGCAGUACCCACCUGUCCUGUCGACAAAGAAACAAUAAAAAUGCAUGAGGUAUUCAAAGACAACUGCUGUAAAAGAGAAGUACUCAACUUGCAUGUGUUCUGCAAAAACUUUCCUGAUUGCAAUUCAAAAGUAAUUCUGGGGCGAUAUCAGGAGCAUCUGCAGCAGUGUUUGUUUGAAAGCAUGCAGUGCACUAAUGAUGGAUGUCGGGAUCGAAUUCUUCGCAAGGACCUGAAGGAGCACUUGAGCCAGCACUGUAAAUUCCGAGAAGAGAGGUGCCAGUACUGUAAUACAUAUGUGGUGUUAAUUAACAUAAAGAAUCAUGAGAAAAAUGACUGUCCUGAUUAUCCUGUGCCUUGUCUCCAAAACUGUUCACAAAUAAUUCUGAAAAAAGAGAUUGAAAAGCACCAUGCUGUGUGUCCCGAGGCAGAAGUGGACUGUCCAUAUAAACAGUACGGCUGUCAUAUAAAGGUUAAAAGAGGGAAACUUGCUGAACAUGAAAACAGCGCCCUGAGGGAACACAUGCUGCAGAUUUUAGACAAGAACUCCCGGUUGGAAGAGAGGAUAUCUGACUUGUAUAAGAGCCUGGAAUGUAAAGAGAUUAAAAUCCAGCAGCUAGCAGAUGCCAUUAAGAAGUGUGAGAAAGAAUUCAGACAGUAUACACAACUGUUCGGUAACAACAGCAACUUGAUGGUAAGCACUCAGGCUCUGGCCAGUCACCUGGAUAAGUCUGCACGCCUGGAAUCACAAGUGAAACAGCUAAUACAGAUGGCAAACCAGCAGCAAAGUAAAUUAGACCUGCAGCCCCUGUUUGACACAAUUGAAACCAUGAAACAGAAGAUUGCCCAGAUGGAGACGUACGACCAGCGCUUGGUUGUUUUGGAAGAUCAGUCCAGCAAACAUGAUCUCCAGAUUAAUAUACACAAAGCACAGCUCAAUAAAAACGAAGAACGAUUUAAGCUUUUGGAAGGCACGUGCUACAAUGGGAAAUUAAUCUGGAAAAUCACGGACUACAAGAAGAAGAAAAGAGAGGCAGUGGAAGGCCGUGUGCUGUCCAUAGCCAGCCAGCCCUUCUACACCAGCCGCUGUGGGUACAGGUUGUGUGCCAGGGCCUACCUGAACGGGGACGGCUCGGGAAAGGGAACGCACAUCUCCCUCUACUUCGUGGUCAUGAGGGGCGAGUUUGACUCGCUGCUGCUGUGGCCUUUCAAGCAGAAGGUUACGCUUAUGCUUUUGGACCAAAGUGGGAAAAAAAAUCACAUUGUGGAAGUCUUUAGAGCUGACCCAAACAGCAGCAGUUUCAAAAGGCCGGAUGGAGAAAUGAAUAUCGCCUCCGGCUGUCCACGCUUCGUGCCGCACACCGUCCUGGAGAACACAAAGAACACCUACAUCAGAGAUGAUACACUCUUUUUGAAAGUGGUCGUGGAUCUCACUGAUCUGGAGGAAUUGUGAAAAGCGUGCCCUGUCAAUGUGAUUGCUGUAAGCAUGAAGAAAGGCUUUUGUGGUGAGCACCAGCCAUACAAUAGCAAAUUGCCACCAGUUGAGCUACUGAAAAUGUUUCAUGACUUUGGACUACAGGACAAAUAAUGAACUGCCAAAGCAUCAGCCUUUCCUUUUCUACCCUUUUUUCCAAGACUGCAUUUUUAAGGCAGCUAGAAGCCCAGGUUGGUGCAAACAUGCAUUCAAUCCAGAUUGGUUCAGUCCAGGCUGGGGGGAAUGCUUGGCUCCCAUCACCACACUGGUAUUUGGAGAUUAACCUCCUCCAGUAAAUUCCCAGGUGCCCAGGCAGGCCUGUGGGCUCCUCUCCCUCACACAGAAGUGAAGCCAUGCCCAAACAUACAAGUGCAUUUCAUCUGUCUGCAAUGGAAACAUUUCAACAUUAGCAUAUUUGAAUCAAUGUGUCUUGAUCCCUCCAUCUCCUAGAUUUUUAAAGCAGGAAGAAUGGCUUCAGUUAGGCAGGGAAAACAUUUGCCAAGUAUCUUGCAUCUUUUUUAUUUGUUUUAAUUGUGUUUUUCCAGAAAGCCCAGGGGAAGGAGCCAAUGCCUCUUACUUUUUUAGCCUGUUUUUUCAGCUGUACAGAGUACCCCAGGUCACAACAGCUUUCUUGUGUCCUUUCCACUCCUGCCUAGUGCCUUGGGACUGGUUUCCAUUGGUGGUAAACAUCCACAGUCCCCAUCUGAAGCCAAAAGCUGUAGGUGCUUCUCACCUCUCAGGACAUGGCCAGAGGCAGGAUACUCAGCCAGCCUGCCAGCUCCUGGCUGCACUGCUGGAAGAGGGGCAAAAUUCCUGUUCUUUUGCAUCCCCAUCUGUGCAAAAGAGAUGUUUUCUGGCCUUACCAGCUCUACAAAAGGCAGGAAGAGCUUGGGGAAUAGCUCACUUAUAUAAUAUGCACUUUUCGUCUCUCCUAGAAGUUUGGGGAAGAAGGGGGAAAAUAGAUUAGGGAGUGAGGUUGCUGUAAGAACCUAAUUUUGACAAUCAGUGCACCUUUAGUGUUUGUUAAAGGAUGACACAGCUACUGACUGAAGAUCUUAAUUUUUAUUUCAAGUUCCUUCCAUAUUGCAAAGGAAUGUGUGCGUUGUACAGGGUUUAUUGGAGACACACUAAAACCACCAAGAUCAGGCACUGAGGAACAAAUGACACAGAACACAUGUGCCUUUUUAAAGCCCUUUUGGGUGCCUGUAAGAGGGAUGUAAUUUUGCAUGCUCAGUGAUUUUGUUAUUACAAGUGGGAGAAUAUUGCAUCUCUCAUCUCUUACAGGUCAGGUAAACACCCCAGCAUUAUCCAUUGCUCCACAGCUUUUCAAGAGACAGCAAGAAACUAAGCUGGUUUUAGAGUAAGAGUAAACCAGGCAGGAUAAAAAUCAAAACAGGGCACAGACUGAAAGACAUAAGAUAGAAAAUUCAGGAGGGCAAAUGUGGUAAAAUGAAAAAUGUUCUUCCUGUGAGGGAUGUUGAUAACAAUCUAAAUAAUUCAAGGAUUAAUACCAAGAUGAAGGCAAAAUACUUUAUUUUGUAUCUGCAAUCUUAUUGCUAGACAUUCACUUUCCCAGAUGGUUUUCAGACAAUAAUUCAGACACAUUUCUAACUCAGGGGUGGAGGGAAAGAGACCUUAGUAAUCUGUACCUCAUGGUGGGUUAGCACAUGCAAAAUCUUUGUUUUGAUCUAGAAGUCCUUUUUGUUUUAUAAUGUCAAGAUGUACUGAGCCACCACAGGGGCUUUCCAUGUUCCCGGGACAGAUUGUGAGGAACAAAUUUUUUUCUUGUGUACCACCACCAUUGACCACAAGAGUCAUUUCAGCUGUAAAACAGAAUGAAUUGGGCAUAACACUUGGUUACAGAAAGAGCAGGUUUGUUUUGGCAAUGGGUGUGCCAUUCUGUGACACCAACCCUGAGCCUGGAUUUCAUGUCGUUUAUUACUUUAAUAUUUGUCAUGUAACCCUCAAAGUGACACAGCUUCCAUAAUAACCACUAAUAACUGAUGGGAAUGUACUCUCUGUGUGUCCUGGGGCUCUCCAGUACACAGAGUGCUAAAUACAGAAAGUGAUAAAGAACUCAGACAAGCAGGGGAGGCAAGAUAAAAAGGAUGUGUCUGGUCUGUAUCCUGGCAAAUUCCCAGCCCUCCACCACCCCAAAUGUAAAAUGGGGAUAAUAAUACUUGCAGAAGCGUUAGGGCUAUUUAAAUGUUUUUGAAGAAGUUUGAGCAUGAAAAGAGCUAAGUAUUAUUAAAACUCCAUUUCUAAUUGUUAGAAUAGGUGAUGGCAUAGUGAUGUGGAUAAGUGUUUAGUGUUUUCCUAGACAGAUUUUGGAAGCAUGUUUGGUUUUAGGCAGUUCCUACUGCAAUCUCUCGUCUACCUACUGGUUGGGUUUAGGUUUUUGCCAUGAAUAUUCCUUUUAAAAUUCUGAAGCACAAAUUCAUCCUGGGUGAUGGAAACAUCCCUUUUGAAAUACUGCCUGUUUUAUAAAGAAUUAGUUGAGAAAAUUAAUUUUUUUAAGACAACCUUCUUUGUUCUUUUUAGUACACAAAUUAAGAGACUUAUGUUAAAAUUUUCAGUGAUUUUUUUACUGCUUGUAAACAGGGUUUUAAACUUCAUCCCAUUCCUAAUAAAGAAAAAAUGUUGAGUGGCAUGAACUGUAAGGAAGAAUUUUGAUGUUGCAUGAAGAAUACCAAAAAAAUUUUCAAUAAUAUUGUACUGGGUAAGUAACCAAAAGAGCAUAGGGUAUUUCUACAUCAGUGCGCCGUAUGUUUCUAAUGUAUUUAUUGAUAGUUUGUAGUUGUUUGAAUAUCUCUUACUACAACAGAGGCAUUUUUCUAGCCGAAUGUCUUUACUGUGUACAUAAACUAAUGUAAGAAUAAAUAAUUUUAUCAUCCUUCUG